CUGGGGCAUUUCAUGCAGCGGCUUCCCGAUCUGUUCUUCCCCCGGGGGUCCAUAUCUGUCGACCACUUCUUAUUCUCUUCCCGCGCCGAUCUUCGUUUUCGUGUCUUCGCCGCUUGUUGGCCCUGCUUGGUCUUGCGAUUCCCGCCGAUCUCCGCUAUCGCCGCUUGUUGGCCGCAAUCAGAAGGAAGAGGGAUCCAUUUAGGAGAGUAGGAGGUGUCAAGCAAAGCAACUCGGAAGUGGUUCGACUUGGUGUAUGUGAUCACACGCUUAGAGAGUAUGGCCGGCAUUCUCACCGCCAGAUUGUGCCGCAGAGCGGCAACGACUUUGUGUAGGCCGCCGUCUUCACUGCUGGGAGGAUGCCGAGGCCACGUGGAGGGUGUGCAGAACGCGGCCGCGGCCGCGGCCAAUUGCUUGGCUUCGUCGCUUAUCCGGCACGCUUGUGCGGCGGCUGGGACCAGAGGUUACAGCGCCAAGGCGGCGGGAGGCAGCGAUGUGAUCGGGAUCGACCUGGGCACGACCAACUCCUGCGUGGCAGUGAUGGAGGGGAAGAUGCCACGGAUCAUCGAGAAUGCCGAGGGGGCAAGGACGACCCCCUCGGUCGUGGCUUUCACUCCUAAGGGCGAGCGACUAGUGGGUACGCCUGCCAAGCGUCAGGCGAUUACCAAUCCCACUAACACAGUCUAUGGCACCAAGCGGCUGAUAGGCCGAAGGUUCGACGACUCGGUCGUGAAGAAGGAGAUGAGCAUGGUCUCGUACAAGAUCGUUUCCGGUCCCAACGGCGACGCCUGGGUGGAAGCCGGCGGGCAGAAGUUAUCGCCCAGCCAGGUUGGCGCCUUCGUGCUGGAGAAGAUGAAAGAAACAGCGGAAGCGUAUCUGGGCCGAUCUGUGACCAAGGCCGUGAUCACCGUUCCCGCCUAUUUCAACGACGCCCAGCGGCAGGCGACGAAGGAUGCUGGGCGCAUCGCUGGCCUGGAAGUGGCGCGCAUCAUUAACGAGCCGACGGCGGCGUCGCUUUCCUACGGCAUGGAGAGGAAGGAUGGCGGCUUGAUUGCGGUGUUCGAUCUAGGCGGCGGCACGUUCGAUAUUUCUAUACUGGAGAUAUCGGGCGGCGUUUUCGAGGUGAAGGCGACCAACGGGGACACGUUUUUGGGCGGGGAGGACUUCGACAACGCGCUCUUGAACCAUCUUUUGGAGGAAUUUAAGAAGCAGGAGGGGAUUGAUUUGAGGGGAGACCGGCUGGCGUUGCAGCGGCUGCGCGAAGCGAGCGAGAAAGCGAAGAUUGAACUGUCUUCGACGCCGCAGACGGAGAUCAAUCUUCCGUUCAUCACGGCCGACGCGACCGGCGCCAAGCAUCUUCAGCUCAGCUUGACACGCUCCAAGUACGAGUCGCUCGUCGAGCAGUUGCUUGCCCGAACGAAGCAGCCCUGCAAGGACUGCCUCAAGGAUGCGGGCGUUUCGGCUAAGGACAUCGACGAGGUGGUACUGGUCGGCGGCAUGACGAGGAUGCCACGUGUGCAGGAGAUCGUGCGGUCGAUCUUCGGGAAAGAUCCUUGCAAGGGGGUCAAUCCGGACGAAGCGGUGGCGCUGGGGGCGGCGAUCCAGGGCGGCGUGCUUCGUGGUGACGUCAAGGACAUCCUGCUGCUGGAUGUCACCCCUCUCUCUCUCGGGAUCGAGACGCUUGGCGGCGUCUUCACCCGCCUGAUCAGCAGGAACACGACGAUCCCGACCAAGAAGUCGCAAGUCUUCUCCACUGCGGCCGAUGGGCAAACUCAGGUCGGGAUCAAGGUCCUGCAGGGAGAGAGGGAGAUGGCGGCGGAUAACAAGCUGUUGGGCGAGUUCGAUCUGGUCGGGAUCCCGCCGUCCCCGCGGGGAGUCCCACAGAUCGAGGUCGCUUUCGACAUCGAUGCCAACGGGAUCGUGAACGUGUCGGCGAAGGACAAAGCCACCCAGAAGGAGCAGGCCAUCACCAUCCAGUCGUCGGGAGGACUGUCGGAAGCGGAUAUCGACAAGAUGGUCCGCGAAGCGGAGCAGUAUGCGCAUAGGGACAAAGAGAGAAAGCAACUCAUUGAAGCGAGAAACGUUGCGGACACGCUGAUCUACUCCACAGAAUGAAGCUUGAACGAGCACAAGGACAAGCUUCCUCAGCAUGUGGUGGACAGUGUGAACAAAGCGAUAUCGGGCUUGAGAAAGGCGAUGGAGGGAGACGACCUGCAGUCGCUGCAGACUGCCAUUGACGCGGCCAGGGCCAGCUCGUUACAGAUCGGAGAGGCUAUCAACAAACAGGCAGGCGGAUCGGGAUCGGGAUCGGGAUCGGCCGCGGGGCCGACGGGUUCCGCGGGCGAAACCACUCCGGAGGCGGAGUACGAGGAACCUGGUAGCAGGAAGUGAGGGAUCCCGUUACUACCGUCUUCCCCCGAACACAACGCACCCUCAUUUUGGCUGUAUCUGGCCCGAAAUAUACCUUCUAUACAUUCACUUUUACGGUGCGUUAUGUUCGGGGGAAGAUGCACCGCUCCAUUACUCUCACUCAGAAUGUGUAAAUUUGAGAAUGAAUCUUUCGGUAGAACACGGAAAGAUGCACCGCCAUAUUUUUUGUUUUUUUUGUACAUUUGGUGAGUAGUGGAUCGAGGCCCUUAACGGUCGAAUUUCUUUUUUUCUGUUUCUCUCUCUGCGUUGUGGUCACUGGUCACGUCUGCUUCUUUUGCUUCUUUUUUUCUCCUCUUUUUUUUUUGUUGUUGUCGUUUUCAUAGCUAGAUAGGCGUUGUCAUGACGUGAGGUUUCUUUGGGCGAUUCUUGUUCGGCGUUGACCCUCGAUCCACCACUACACGGCAUUCGAAAUGUAUCUUGAGUUGGUAGUUGGCCCACAGAAGUGCAAAAGUGUUGGGGCAGUCCAAAUGUAUAGCGGCGAAGAUACAGUCUAGAUGCGUUUGGAAUGUUGUGUAGUAGAGUGAGGAUGGGUGUUGUCGCAUGUCUAUAGUAGACUGCUGCCGGCGUGUGUGCCACUACACAAAGAACUGCAAGACCUCGCAGGCUGUCCAUUUGUGCUCCUUAGGCGAUCUGUAGAGAGAAGAGUGGAGAGUGUCGUGCGUGAGGGAUAGAGGUGAGACGGGGGUGGGUUUGUUUUGGCUUUACUUUUUAGAUCGACGUGGGAAUUGACGAUUUUUUUGGAUAGAGGGCCUCACUCCAGUAUUCUGGUAAUGUGGAAAACGAGAGUGAAUCUGCCGCUAGAACGUUGGACAGGUACAUCGCCACGAUUUUUGUCUUUUGUGCAUGCCGAGAAUAGUGGAGCGAGGCCCAGAGAGUUGGGCCCACUGUUGAUCGUCAUGAUCAGACUUUUUUUAUUUGUUUUUUUGUUUUGUUUUGUGUGUGUGUGUGUGUGUGUGUGUGUGUGAGAGAGAGAGAGAGAGAGAGAGAGAGAGAGAGAGAGAGGUUUCAACUUGUAUGUACACAGAAUUUGUGCAGCCCGGUAGGGGAAUAGAACGACAGUUUUGUCCAGUCGGUAAGGAACCUGGGUAUUUGAGCAAUUUCAAUUUCAGGGCCCUUGUAAUUGGGUGAACUGAGCACAAUAACCGUUUCGCUAAGUGGAUGUAGAAACAAUUUCUGCAAUCCGGUAGUGGGAUAUGACGACAAAUUUUGUUCAAUCGGCUAGGAACCCGGACAGUUUUGUUCAGGAAAAAUAAAAAUUAAAAAAUAAACAAAAAUAAUAAUAAUAAUAAUCAUUUUCUUUAAUCGUCCAGGUUCCUGGACAUUUCGGCAAUUUGGACUUUCCGGUAGUUGGGUAUACUGGGAAUUUGGAGGUGUCCCUGGGCACAAUGAUAAGUGUGGCCGUGGGUCUACGGUGCAACAGAAGAGCCAAUUUGAAGUCAGAAAAUGAGAGACUGUGACAAUUUUCCCAAAAGAAGUUCCCUCUGCAUGCUACCAGAAAAAUGGAGAGGCGAUCUUUGGUGAUGUGAGUAUGCCCAUAUUCUUUGACCUUGUUCAUUGGUCAUGCGAGUAUGCCAAAUUUUUCAGCUUGCAUGUGGGUACGACCAUUUUUCAGC